GGUGAAGCUGAGCUGACUACGCGGCCCGGGGCGCUUGUGAAGCGGUUCCUGUGGUGGCUAGAUUGCUGCUCUGCCGUGAUCAUAGGUAUACAAUACGAUGAGUAAUUAUUAAGUGAACACUGAGUGAUCACUACCACAGUCAAGAACUAGAACGUUCCUAGUACUGGAGACCUACUCCUCCCCCCAUCAAUUCCUGAAUAUUCCUCCUGCCUCACCACUACAAGAGGUUAACAGCAACCGGAUUUUUAUGGAUUUCAGUUUGUUGAAAUGAGCAGUCGUAAAUCAAAGAGUAACAACUUAAUACAUGCAGAGCUCCUUUCACAGGUACAAAGAGUUUUACGGGAAAGAUUUUGUCAUCAAAGCCCACAUAGUAACUUAUUUGGAGUACAAGUACAAUACAAACACUUAAUUGAGCUGCUAAAAAGAACUGCUAUCCAUGGAGAAAGUAACUCUGUUCUCAUUAUUGGGCCCCGAGGAUCAGGAAAGACCACGUUAAUAAACCAUGCUUUGAAAGAACUAAUGGAAAUAGAAGAAGUGAGUGAGAAUGUAUUACAAGUUCACCUAAAUGGACUGCUGCAGAUCAAUGAUAAAAUUGCCCUAAAGGAAAUCACAAGACAGUUAAAUCUGGAAAAUGUAGUUGGAGAUAAAGUUUUUGGAAGCUUUGCUGAAAACCUUUCAUUUCUUCUGGAAGCUUUGAAAAAAGGUGACAGGUCUAGUAGUUGCCCAGUAAUCUUCAUAUUAGAUGAAUUUGAUCUUUUUGCUCAUCAUAAAAACCAGACACUCCUCUAUAAUCUUUUUGACAUUUCUCAGUCUGCACAGACUCCACUAGCAGUUAUUGGUCUUACAUGUAGAUUGGAUAUUUUGGAACUCUUAGAAAAAAGAGUGAAGUCACGAUUUUCUCACCGGCAGAUACAUUUAAUGAAUUCAUUUGGUUUUCCACAAUAUCUUAAAAUAUUUAAAGAACAAUUAUCUCUACCUGCAGAAUUUCCAGACAAGCUCUUCACUGAGAAGUGGAAUGAGAGCAUUCAGUGUCUCACAGAAGAUAGAAGUGUGCGAGAAGUACUACAAAAGCAUUUCAAUGUCAGCAAAAACCUGCGGUCAUUACACAUGCUAUUGAUGCUUGCUUUAAAUCGCGUAACAACAUCACAUCCGUUUAUGACUGCAGCAGAUAUGAUGGAGGCCCACCAGUUCUGUAGCAUGGACUCUAAAGCAAAUAUCGUACAUGGUCUGUCAGUCUUGGAAAUCUGUCUUAUAAUAGCAAUGAAACAUUUAAAUGACAUCUAUGAAGAGGAGCCCUUUAAUUUUCAAAUGGUCUAUAAUGAGUUUCAGAAGUUUGUUCAAAGGAAGGCCCAUUCUGUUUAUAAUUUUGAGAAACCUGUUGUCAUGAAGGCUUUUGAACACUUACAACAAUUAGAAUUAAUAAGGCCCAUGGAAAGAACUUCAGUAAAUACACAGAGAGAAUACCAGCUGAUGAAACUACUUUUGGAUAAUACUCAAAUUAUGAAUGCUUUGCAGAAAUACCCCAACUGUCCUACAGAUGUUAGGCAGUGGGCAACAUCCUCACUAAGCUGGUUAUGAACAUAACCAGUGGCUUCACUUAUGGAGUUUCAGGCAUACUUCUCUAAGGAACUAAAAGCUAUUGUCCUUUAACAAGAUAUGUUAUUACAUUUUUUUAUAUUUAUAAAACUGUAUUUUUGUAUUUAUGGGAGACUGUUAUACAUGUAGGUCUUGGCUGUGUCUUGCCUUUGAAUCAUGAACAGUUACAUGAUUUAUAAUUCCAGUGGUUUAGAUUAUAUUGUAAGAGUUCAAAGAAAUAAAUGUGACUGUUUUAGGAAAUGAACCAUAUGCUUAUUUAACACUUGUCAAGUAUUUAUGUGGCAUAUAUAUUUGAAUAGUUCGUUCCAACCCAGCAGCCAAGUGUUUUUCACAAACCCUAAAGCAGUAAAGAAACAAUGGUAAGAGUUGUGGUGUAAUGAUGAGUAAUCUUUUUAUCCAAUGGGAAGUGCUGCAUUGUUUUUCUCUGUCCAUGGAAUUUUUGGUUUCUAUCCCAGACCCAGGUUUUCUAGCUCAGGAUACUGACCAGUUUGGCCAUAAGAUGGUUCACAUGGAAGAGAAAAGAGAAAAGUUUGAACAUUUUCUUCCAGGCUUCUCAAGGUGGUACUUAUAUCAUUUAUAGAAGAAUGCCUUGUAGAAUUUUUUUUACCAGGCAUAUUCUUGCACAUGUCAUAGGCCCAAAGGAUCCGAAUUUAGAAUGUGUCUUUUUAAUAGGGACUUUAGGAUAUGCCUGGAAAAACAUUCUCACAAUUAAUGGGAAGUGCUUGGCACUAUCAGGUAAAUAUAUUUGUAUCAAAAAUCCCUAAAGCGAAUGUGGAGAAUGCUUACCUCAUAAAUUCAGGAGUCCAGGAAUUAAUACAGGUAUAUGUUUAAAAUGAAAUUUAGUAAGUUAGUGACUUCCUUUAUUCAAGAAUAUUUAAUUGCCUAUUGUUUUCAUGGAAGGUUUACAGUAGACAGUCCAUAUGCUUGUGUAGUUCAUAAACCUUUUAAAAUAUCAAACACCCUAUGAUAUUCCGGUUCUGUUAAGAAAACAGGGUAGUGGCAGUGUUCAGAAUCACAGAGGUAGAGAAUGAUGGACAGAUCCUGGAAUUCAACUCAGGUUUGACUGACACCAAAGCCCUGCCAUCAAGAGCUAAAAUGCAUUAACAAGUUUUGGCACAUAUUUUUUAAAGUACGGUGUAAGAAAUGACUUAUCUGGUUUUUAAGAAAUAGCAGAUGAAGAAUGGAAUGUAAGAUUUCUGUGCAUAAAAGUAGCUCUUCAGUUCAACCUAUUUUUUUGCAGACAUAGCUGGUCCUUCCCUGCCUUCUCAGUCUUCAGAUCACUGUCAUUUACUUUUCAGCAGUGUCUCAGUAAAGGUAAGGCUUGCAUACUGGUUCUAUGCAAUAGUCUACAGAUUUUUAGGAGAUAUUUUGCCAAAAUACUUAGCAUGGUAGCAUCACUAUUAACUAGAAGCAAGGAUUUUUCACUUGAGCUUAAGUUUUCCCUUUAAGAAAAAUUUCUGAACUAUUUUAGGGAAGUAUUAUCUGCCUUAAAGGCACUCAUUGUGGAAGAAAGCACCUAAAGAACUUGAUUUGAAGAUUGCAAAUUACUAGCUUUUUUAACAUGCCACUAAAAGGCUGGAAGCUCUCAUCUGCCUUCCUGGAUACAUAAGACCUACAGAAGCUCCAUCAACAUCCAGGUAUACAGAUUAUAUAUUUAUAUAUAUAACAUAUAUAUUAUACAUCAUUCUCAGUGAAACAGUUCUUAAAAGCAAAUUAGGAAAAAAAAAUGUUAGCAAAGGUCAUACAAAUAAAACAUAUGCCUACGUUAGAAAGGCAUUGAGAGGAGGAGUGUUGAUGUUCCCCUUUCUGUAUUCCCUAAUACAAAGAAGCUAAGAUGUACUGGGAAAAACAUUAAGGUCCAUCUCUUAAAUUGCUUAAAACAUCAUCAAUAAAAAAAUCUGAAAAGCU